UAAAGCGGAUCUUAGUUUGAUUUGUUUGCCGCUAACAUCUCCGCCCCGGGAGCUGAGUGAACAGUCAGGGAAAAUCCGCGUUCCGUGACCUCUGACCUGCAGAGAGGGCUUGGUUCAUUUGAUGGUUGUAUAGGACUAAGUGUCAUUCAGAAACGCUGGAGCCACGCUUAGCGCAACUUGUUGUGUCGUCUGCUAUUCCUGUCACGAUUUCAUAACACGUUUUAACUGCGGUGAUCUAUUGCCACUGAAAGAUGGCGCCACGGCUGUCGCUGGCGGUAUUCAUAUUGGUGGCUCUGGCUGCAGCGUCCCAAGCUACCGAAGAAAAACAAUUUGCAGGAGAGAAAGAAAUAGACCUCAAAGGAGAGAAGGGAGAUGUUGCUUUAGACGACUUGUUCCAUGACGUAGACGGAGACAAAUCAUCCCAAGACCCCGGCCGCCUGGUCAAAUCUCUUCAUCCCAACCACCGCAUGAAGCGCGGUUUCCUGGGGGGUAUAGGCAAGGCUGUGGGGGGUCUAUUGAAGGGCGUGGUCAGCAUAGGAGGCCUGUUACUAGGGAGAGGGAAAGCUGAGAAGGCGGCCACCAACUGGGAUCCCCGGAUGUACCAGUUUCAACUAGAGCAGCUGUGUCACUCUAUCUGUGUCACCGAAUGGACAGACUGGUCAGCUUGCUCCAAUAGGUGCGGCGGAGGCACGAGAACGAGAACACGAGAGCAGCAAACGAUUGGUCGUUGUGCAGAGUUACAAAAUUUUCAAUGUGCCAAAAAACUGGAGGCGACCUCCCGGUGUAACGAGGACUGCGCUAAUGGCGGCAGAGGAGACGGAAGUGGCAACUGCGCAUGUCUGGUUGGGUGGAAAGGUCAAUGCUGUGACGAAGAAAUUGUUUGUCCUCAUCCUCUAAAACCUGAAAACGGUCGCGUCACCGGAACUUGGCCUGCGCGCGUGCGCUCUGUGGCAUCUUUCACGUGCAAUGAAGGCUACCAUUUGGCGGGAAGGGACUCCAUCACGUGUCAGCCGGACGGGACGUGGAAUGGAGAACCACCUAAAUGUUCUCGGGUUGUAUGCACGAUGCCGGCGGCUAAAGACCACGUGGAAAUCCUGAACGUCCAAGAGAAGUAUGCGUUUGAUGACCAGUUGGUCUACCGCUGCCAGGAGGGCUAUCAGAUGGUGGGUGCAGCCAUCAGAACGUGCCAGCUUGACCAAGGAGAUACUGGGAAAUGGAGCGGGAUUGACCCAAUUUGUGAUCCGAUAUCAUGUGGUGACCCUGGUGUUCCUAGUCACGGCCAGAGAGACGGCACUGCGUUUUAUUUCAAUGAUGUCGUCACCUUUACCUGCCAGACAGGCUACAAACUGGAGGGGGCCGAUAGAAGAAAGUGCAUGGCUACCGGAACGUGGUCCGGGUCUACACCAGUCUGUAAAGAGAUAAAAUGCGACGCCCCCAGAAGGCCGAAAAACGGAGAAAUCAUUGGAAGCCGUUACACCUUUGGGUCAAUUGUGACGUUUGAGUGUGACGCGGGUCACGUGAUCCAGGGGUCCCACGCUGUCAAGUGCCUUGAGACCGGGUUUUGGAACGCCACAGAACCUCGUUGCCAAGCCGCAAGUUGUGGUAACCCAGGGCAACCUGCCAACGGCGCCAAAGAUGGCAGUGUCUAUUACUACCCUAGCAACAUCACCUACAGUUGUUUCCAUGGUUACGUGCUGGUUGGCACCAAGUCCAUCAAGUGUAAGGCUGAUGGUAAAUGGAGCGGUUCAGUUCCCACAUGUGAAGCCUGUCCGGUAAAUACAUACAUGCCGAGUGGGUCUAAGACAUGUUCUCCAUGCCCUGCUAACACGCACACCCUCACUGAGGCCAGCACAAGCCAGGACCAGUGUGUUUGUGAUGACGGCUACUCUGGCCCUGCAGGCGGUCCUUGUCAAGAGGUGAAAUGCCCUCCGUUAUCCCAGCCAGACCAUGGUACCAGCUCAGCUUGCGGUGAUCGCCCUGGUGACGUGUGUGAGUUCCGCUGUGAUGAUGGCUACAUCAUGGAGAAAGGCAGCGCAAUGAGGACCUGUCAGGGGAACGGUCAAUGGGACGGCACCGACGCCACUUGUGCUCCCUGUCUCCAGAACACAUACAAGUCAGAUGAGAGAAGUUGUUUACCGUGCCCCGUACACUCUCACACUGAUGGAGUAGCGAACAUGAAGAGCGGCUGUACGUGUGACGCUGGCUACACAGGGAACGCGGGCGGACCGUGCGUAGACAUAGACGAGUGCGCACCAAACGGAGGCCGGGGUCCGUGCGAUGACGUAUGCGACAACAACGACGGCGGUUACAAGUGCAGCUGUUCUAUUCAGGGAUACGGGAUAAGCCCGGAAAACAAACACGUUUGUGUCGUGGAGCAGCAGUGCAGAAACCUGACGACAGAGGACGCCCCCCUCAAUGGUGGUCUGGUUUGCCACUGGUACAGGGAACAGAAUUCUCAGCAGUGCAGCGUGAAAUGUAACAAAGACUACGAGUUCCCAUCCAGGAUCAACGACUACGAGUCAUGUGGACCGUCCACGGGGUUUAUCUGGUCUCAUCAACAGGAAGAUCCGGAGAACACCUUCAAACCUUGCUUAGAACAAUUCUUCCCUGACUUCCGGUUGGAGGCAGAGUCUGCCUACUUCGUCCGCGCCUGUAACGAUCUCACUCCCGAGGAGCGCCUUGCUGUGCGCCAGGAGUUCGCUGAUAAACUCACAGCAGAAGGAAUCUGCCUAAAACGCACCACCAAAGUCUGCGACGUCGCAAACGUGGAUAUCAUUUGUGGCAGAACCACUAGACGGCGGCGAAGACGUGGAGUGGACGAGGUAGUCGAGUCCGUCGAUUUCUCCUUUAACUUGACCGCCAAAAAGAUGUUCAACGAAACUAAAGACUGCGACAAGAUCUGUCAAUUUUUACGUAUCCCAGACGCCUUUUGUUCCGAACUUUGCUUCCCGACUUUCCGCCGCUUUAUGAGGGCCACCAUGUUGUAUGCCAAAAGGCAGUUAACCCAGAAAUUCUCCAAUGAAAAAAACAGGAUGAAAUUCAUGGCGGCGAGGAGAGAGUUCGAGCCAGACGAUGUCAAGACAAGCGACGUGGUAGUAGCGUGUGAAGAGGGCAUGAGAGCCGCCAAUGAAACUUGUGUGCCUUGCCAGCCGGGGACGUACCUGGACAAAGGUGUUAACGAUUGUCUGCCGUGUUCAUCAGGGCAGUUCCAGCCCCUAGAAAGACAACUCCAGUGCCUACCGUGCCCUGUAGGAACCACAACAAAGAGCCCAGGUGCCCGGAUGUGCUCUGUCUGCCCAGAUGGUAGCUAUGGUGACAACUGUCAAGAGACGUGUGACUGUGUUAACGGCCGCUGUGACCCCAGGGAUGGAAGCUGUCUGUGUCACAGUGGCUGGGAGGGAGCUAGGUGCGAAGUCGAUGUUCCUGGCUGCCGGGAAGGUUCCUGUUACCAAGGUGUACAGUGUAUAGACAUCCCUGCCCCCGGGCUUGGCUUUAGGUGUGAAUCUUGCCCCCCGGGAAUGCUGGGAGACGGUGCGUCAUGUCGAGCAGGUAGUUCAUGAGGACACAAAAACCUCCGUCACCAAAGACAGCAAUUGUGUACCGGGAAACAGAAAAUAUUGUCAUAAUAUGUGUCAUAAGACUCCAAAACAUUCCAUAGUAAAGAGCGUCAUGUUGUAUGUGUGUAAAUGUCACACCAUGAUAAAAUGUGACCAAGCGUGACUUUUCUUUAUCUGCAUUAUCAGUUUGACAGUGUUUUUAAUUACCAUAAUAAAUAAAUAAAAUUAUAGAAAAAACAUAA